GAGAGAGACAGAGUCAGCAGCUGAGAUCAGCCCGGAAGAAGGCUCCAAACUAUCGACAGAGACUCAACAACCAUUUUACUCAAUACACGGAUUGACAUGUUGUAAAUGUAAUGUGAACGGCUAUUUAUUUAAAACAUUUACUAGCUAGUUUAAGUAACGUUAGGUAACUUAAAUUCCUCCGUAUCGUAGUUUCGCCCUGCUGGCUACAUCGAAGCUAACAACUUCUCCUGAUGCCAGGCGCCAUCAUCGUUCCCCGCAACUUUAGGCUGCUGGAGGAACUGGAAGACGGUCAGAAAGGAGGUGGAGAUGGUACAGUGAGCUGGGGCCUUGCAAAUGAUGAAGACAUGUCGCUUUCUACCUGGAAUGCCACGAUCAUCGGCCCAACCAAGACUGUCUAUGAAGGCAAGAUAUACAGCCUCAGAAUAGAAUGUGGACCCAAAUACCCAGAUCAUCCGCCUCAUGUCCGCUUUGUGAACAAGAUCAACAUGACCAGUGUACACAGCUCAAGUGGUGUGGUGGACUUAAGGGCACUGACAUCGCUGGAUAGGUGGAAAUCCUCCCACAACAUCCGGACGGUGCUGCAGGAGCUCAGACACCACAUGAUGCUGAAAGAAAACAACAGGCUUCCCCAGCCACCCGAAGGCCAGGUGUACAACUGAGGCACCUGCUGCUAUCCCUCCCUGUCACACACACACACACACACACACACACACAACUUUCAAACUCCACAGCCAUCAUGUUAUCGAAGACUCCCACUUCCUAAUCUAAGCGUCCCAUUGGACAGAGAGAGGGAUGUGAACCCAGUGCCCAAUCAUCCGUUUAAGUUCAGAUCAGACAUUACAAAACAAAAAAUACUGUACAUCUUACUAAUGUUAUUUUUGAUCAUCUUUGUGUGUGUUUUACACCCAGAUUGUAAAAUAACAAACGACCUGAUUGAGUGUACCAAUUGUUUGCGUGCUGGAUUCUUGUGGUGUCACUUGGUCCCUGCUAUCGGGAGAUUGUGAUGAUGGAUUUGAAUCAACUUACUACCCAGCAGAACAAAUUGACUUCUGUUACCCUGACCAAAGUGUUAAAUGUUUGGAUCAUCGGAGUUGUUCUUAAACAACAAACCUCAACAUCUUGCAGCAUGCUGCAACAGAUUUCACUCAGAGAAAUAAAUGUCCACCGCACAAUGCUAUGCUUGGUCUCCCAGGCCGCGUUAGUCUCAAAUUCCCCAGCUUCCACAAUCCCGAUGAUGUGAAUUUCACAGGCCUUCCUUAAAUGAGUGCAUGUCCGGUACAUAAGAAUAAACUGCUACUAGACCUUCAGCUACAUAUGUAUCAACAGGGCACUGCUGACUCAUCACUCAUGUUCUCCGACUUGUCUUCUGUGUGCCAUAUGGUUCAUGGCGCUUUGUGGUGGUGAUUGAUCAUUAGCAGUCAGUGGGAGGGGGAGGGAGAGGGAUGGGGGUUCUCUCUACAGAGAACAGAGUUUGUUAAAUAGCCACCUUUCAGGAUCACCACUGUACUGUGACCUGUGCCGAGCAGGAGGAGCUGUGAUUUUUGUUUGUUUGCUGUUUUGGGUUCUUGUUUUUGGUUUCUUUAGUCUCUGGGCUGACCUGUGUAUACUCUGUGGAGCUGUCUCUUCUCUCAUACAGUGAAUGCCCACUGAACGCAAUGUACGGCUUUGGAUGUUUAUUUUAUAACGGGUUGAAUCUAAUCAGGGUGAUGGUGACCUGUUGCAUGGUUUUAUUUGAAUUAAACGUUAUUACUUUU